AUAUGUUGAAGUGAAACGCGCUCUCAGGAGUCUCUCCUUCCUGCCCAGAUGGCAGAUUCCUGUGCUGUUCCAGACCAUUCCCCCAUGGAAGUUGAGGCUGAAUGCAGCACCAGUGCCUCAAAUGAGAAGUCUACUGAAGAGCCAAACAAAAAACUAAAAGUUGACCAUGAGCAUUCGACCAGUUUUUGGUUCUGUGAAGAGUGCAAGAAGUAUUUCCUGGAGGAGUGCCCUACCCAUGGGCCCCCUGUUUUUGUGCCAGACACCCCUGUGGCAUCAGGGGCCCCCAAUCGGGCAGCUCUCACUGUACCCUCAGGCAUCGAGAUCCGCAGAGAAGGUGAUAAGGUGGAUGUCUGCUGCAUGGAUGAAAAUAUACCAAAGGGGGCGCUGUUUGGUCCUUAUCAAGGCCAAAUAAUGGCCUCGGAUAAACCCUCAGGACCGUACUCUUGGAUGAUUGUUGAUAAGGACAGCAAAAAUAAAUUCAUUGAUGGGAGUGAUGAAACUAAUUCUAACUGGAUGAGGUUUAUUCCGAUUUCUUCUGAUGAGAGUAAAAAGAACCUGAGUGCGUUUCAACAUGGGGAAGAAAUCUACUUCAGAGUGUGUCAGAGACUGACGGUGGGCAAGAAACUCUGUGUGUGGUACAGCAGCGAGUACAUGAGGCGACUGCAAAGUGUGUCUCGGGACAGCAUUGACCGCAAUCUGGACACAGGAGUGAAAUUAGAAGAACAGGAGGAGCCCAAAGGUCCAGUGUUGAGAUCUGCAAUGCACGGUAGAAGGACCCUAAGUAAGCAUGGAAGUGAUGAGGCAGAAAACCAGCCCCAUGCCAAGAAAAAGAAGAUUGACCUCAUUUUCAAAGAUGUCCUGGAAGCAUCUCUGGAGGCUAAUCAAAGCCAGAACAACCCCCUGAACAGCACCUUGUCUUUUCCAAGAGCAAGAACAAAUGUCUGCCAGGUUUUCAGCCAGCCUGACGCAGAGUGUAAAGAGUCCGUCUUCACCUCUGGAUUGGCUUCCAUGGAACAUCACGAGAGUGGGUUUGAUGCAAAAUGCAUUAAAAUGGAAAAAACAGAAGAAGAUGCGACCCUGACUGGCGAAGGACCAUCAACAUCUUUCUGCCCAAACUGUGUGAGGUUAAAACGACGAAUCCGUGAGCUGGAGGCUGAACUGCUCCAUCUCAGAGGACAGGGGCAUGCUGAAAUUAAGCCUGUACCACCAUCUGAGCCCCUUCCUAGUGAGGACCUCAGAGAUGCCAUGACGCCUGUCCCAGCGGUGCUUGAGGAAGAUGACCAGGAUGUUGAUUCUGCUGAUGAAUCCAUUUCUGCUGACCUCAUGGUGGCUACGGAUGAGUCUUCAAAACUCUCGAUGGGCUCAGGUCGUCGGAUUCGUCGCUUCAAACAGGAGUGGCUGAAGAAGUUCUGGUUUCUCCGUUAUUCGCCCACACUGAAUGAGAUGUGGUGCCACGUGUGCCGACAAUAUACCGUCCAGUCCUCCCGCACCUCUGCUUUUAUUAUUGGUUCCAAGCAAUUCAAAAUCCACACCAUUAAACUUCAUAGCCAGAGCAAUCUGCACAAGAAGUGUUUGCAACUUUACAAACUUCGCAUGCACCCGGAGAAGACCGAGGAGAUGUGUCAUAAUAUGCUGACUCUUUUCAAUGCUGCCUACCAUCUGGCUUUGGAAGGACGACCAUUUUCCGAUUUGCGACCCUUGGCGGAGCUCCUCAAGAAGUGCGACCUCAAAGUGGUAGAUCAGUACAUGAAUGAAAAUGACUGUCAGAUUCUCAUCCAACACAUUGCUCGAGCAUUCAAAGAGGAUUUGGCCGAGAAGAUUCGCCUUUCGCCCUUUCUAAGCAUCAUCAUGGAUGGCCAGAACGAUGAGCUCUUGGCUGACACUGUUGCCAUUUACGUCCAGUUCACCACCACUGAUGGACUUCCUACCACUGAGUUCCUUUCCCUACAAAGGCUUUGUGGAGGCAAUGUGGAAGGCUACCUCCAGGCUGUGGAUCGUGCCUUUGGUGUCCUUGGUCUAAGAAUUCAGGACAUGCUAGUUGUUGGCUUGGGAAUAGAUGGCUCAAACCUCUCCUCUAGUCUGAGGGCAAAAAUUUACAUAGCCAUACGAAAGACAAUCCCUUGGGUGUUAUGUCUACCUGUGAUGAUCCAUCGUCCCCAUUUAGAGGUGCUGGAUGCUAUCAGUGGAAAGGAACUGUCUUGCUUGGAGGAUUUGGAAAACAACUUGAAGCAACUUCUUAGCUUCUACCGGUAUUCUCCUCGUAUGAUGGCUGAGUUGAGGACGACAGCACCAACUCUGUCUGAGGAAACUGAGUUUCUUGGGGAUAUAAGGGCUGUGCGUUGGAUUAUAGGUGAACCCAAUGUUCUCAAUGCCCUAAUCAAGGACUAUCUAGAGGUGGUUGCUCACUUGAAGAGCAUAAGCAGCCAAACCCAGAGAGGUGAUGCUGCUGCCAUUGCUCUGUCUCUCCUACAGUUCCUGUUGGAUUAUCAGUCGGUGAAGCUGAUCUAUUUUCUGUUGGACAUCAUUGCUGUCUUUUCACGACUUGCUUUCAUAUUUCAGGGGGACUAUCUGUUGCCGUCACAGGUGGACGCAAAAAUUGAGGAUGCCAUUUAUGAGAUUGGUCAAUUGGUGGACUCCCCAGGGGAGUACCUACAGGAGUUUGAGGACAACUUUCGGGAGAGUUUUAAUGGCGUGGAGCUCAAGAACUUGCGGGUUGCUGAGUCCAAGUUUCAGUCCAUUCGAGAGAAGAUCUGUCAGCGAAGUCAAGGCAUCCUGGCCCAACGUUUUGAUCCACACAGUCGCACAGUGGUCCAGGCUUGUCAGGUCCUUGACCUGGCCUCGUGGCCUCUUAACAGGGAUGAUCUUGGUGCAUAUGGAGAGGAGGAGAUCCUUGUCAUUUUUGACCACCUGGAAACUAUUCCGUCAUCUGGCCGUGAGCUCUCUCAAGAAAGAAUAGAUGCCCGAGGAAGCCUUGUAGUUGAAUGGAGGGAUCUAAAAGCUGAUUAUUGUAGUGUGAAUGGUUUUAAAGAAGUAGUCAGCCACAUCUUCAGAUAUAAGCAACGUUUUCCUCUUCUCAAUCACAUCCUGCAGGUUGUCAGGGUCUUGCCAACGUCAUCGACAUGCUGUGACAAAGGAAGAUGCUCGUUGCAAAAAGUGCGCAGAAAUUGCCGUUCCAGACUAACUCUGGAGCAGAUCAACGAUCUGCUCACCAUGGCCGUUAACGGACCGCCUAUCAGGAGCUUUGAUGGAAAGCGAGCAUUGGACAGCUGGUUUGAAGAGAAAUCCGGGAACAGCUAUUCACCCUCUGCAGAAGUGCUGAGCAGAAUGUCCACCGCCGAACAAAAGUCUGUGUUGCACAAUAUGGAUAUGAAUGCAGAGUAUUAUCCAGAUAUUUGACUGAUCGGCACCAAUUACUCAGCCAACAUAAUUCCAAAAAGCCAUCUCAUUGGAAAAGGGCUGAUCGGGACUAUAAUGUGAUUGGCCAAGUAGUUUGACACUGGCCCUGCUGCUAAAUUGGCCUAGAUCAGCAUCUUCUCUAAGAGUCGGUAUGAAUGCCUUUGCAGGUCGCAGGCUCAUGAAACGCUUUCAAAUGUUCAUGUAAAUGGUUGUGAUGUGUUGAUAUGUGUUUUUGUUCCAAAGAGAAACUAUUUUCUAGUUGUGAGGAUUGUUGCCUUUAGGUGAAUGUUCGACUGAGCACCAUUUCAUCAGAUAUUGGUGAGUGAAGCCUCCUUACAGUCUUCUUUUUUUAAUCUCUGAAAAUGUCAUCAUCUUGCAAAAAACGAUUCAACUAAAACCUUUCUGGAAAAACAGUUUUAUUGUUAUAUCUGCAAUAUAGUUGGAGCAAUCAUUCUGUAUUUGUACUUAGACUUGUGUGUAUGGAAAUUAUAUAACAAAAAGUGUUUAAUUUUUAUAGCAUGCUCUUUAUGCUGGUUAUUGCUAAUUGGAAUGGAAAUAGCCACUAUUUUGCCAUGCAGUAUAUUCCUAAAUAAUUUUUUAGAUACUCUUUAGUUAACCAUUACUCUUAAGAUUAUAUGUAAAUCUUGGUUUGAUAACAUGUUGAUGUGCCAUAAUACUUUAUGCAAUCAGGUACCUGUAAUGUGCAGUUUACACCCAAUCUGAUUUAAAGAUUUCAAAUAUAUAGCCUAAAUAUGCAAGGUUUAACCUUACCGAGAAAAAAAAAGUUUUUUUAGCAUGUGCUGGUGCUUGAUUUCUGGUACAUAUUUUUAUGUACAGCUACCGGCAGCCAUGCCGGACACCCUUAUGAGCCAGUUCAAAUUAUAGUUACAUUUUCUGAUUCCACAUCAAAGCAACAAAUAUAUCUUUACUUUUUAAAGCUGCAUAGAGGCGGUCUAAAUAGUCAGAUGUUUACUAAAAAUUUUUAAAUGAUGAACAGAAAAUAUUUCAGUAAUAAUACCCCAAAAUUGUAUCACUGUCUGUCUCAGCAAUACUUUUCACCCAAUACAAAUAUGUGUGCAUGACGUCACCACUAGUAGGAGACACUGUACCACAAUUUACCCUUGGAUGAAAUUUUUGUAUCUGAAAGAAUAGCACAUAGCAAAGUCAUACAAGAACAAAGCUUUUAUAUUUUUGAUUGUGUUAUUAUGUGCAUUCGUGUAUUCUAGCAGUGCAUGUGUUAUGGUCAGCACCAUAUAUUUUUCACUGACUUUAAUUUCACAUUAUUUUUGUCUUACCUUGCCUUGCCACUAAAUUCCAUCUAUUAUACCUGUGCAAUAUACAGUAUAUAUAUUUUACACUUAAAUUGU